AUGCGCCGCGCUGAGUUACUGGAGAGCUGGCCACGCGCCGCAGCCUCCAGCAUAGACGCACCCCGGCCGGGCUUCCAGGCUCUUCUGUUACCCCCUGCCUCUGGGAGGAGGGGGAGACCGGGACUCACCGUGGGGAGGAGACGGGAGGAAGAAAACCAGAGAGGAGGACCAAGUGUGGGGGGCGGGGGCGGGAGGCUUGCCACCUUCAGGCGCCCCCCGCCCCGCCCCGGCACCCCCAGCGAGCGCCCAAGGAAUGAGACUGUGGGCUGUGCCUCCGCCAAGCAUGUUGCCACUGUUCAAAAUGAAGAGGAAGCCCAGAAAGGGAAGAACUACCAGAACGGAGAUGUGUUUCGCGAUGAGUAUAGGAUCAAACCGGUGGAAGAGGUCAAAUACAUGAAAAAUGGGGCAGAAGAGGAGCAGAAAAUAGCAGUCAGGAACCAAGAAAACUUGGAAAAAAUUGAGAGUUCAAAUGUAAGACUUAAAACUAAUAAAGAGAUUCCAGGAUUAGUUCAUCAACCCAGAACAAACAUGUACAUCUCUGAAAGCCAACAAGAAUUCUUAAGAAGGUUGGAUGAAAAAAUUGAAAAGGGUCAAAAUUACUGUUUGGAAAAAGAAGAUACCACAUAG